UUUCGAUUUAAGAAAGAAAAAAAAAUGGAUCAUCGCAUUGUUGUUUCUCUGUUUGUUUGUUUCUCCUUUUUCUUCGUUGGCGUGAUUUCUACGGAGACUUUCUCGGCCGAAGGAUUGGAAGUUGAUCCGUUGAUCAGGCAGGUAACAGACGGUCACGAUGGAGCCGAGCCACAGCACUUGACCGCAGAGCAUCACUUCUCGCUAUUCAAGAAACGGUUCAAGAAAUCGUACGGGUCGCAGCUGGAGCAUGAUUAUAGGUUCAAGGUUUUUCAAGCUAACCUGAGACGAGCGGCGCGUCAUCAGAAGCUUGACCCGUCUGCGACGCAUGGAGUGACUCAGUUCUCUGAUUUGACUCCGAGCGAGUUCAGGAGGACAUAUUUGGGAUUGAGGAGAUUGAGACUGCCUAAAGAUGCGAAUGAGGCACCGAUUUUGCCCACCGAUGAUUUGCCUGAAGAUUUUGACUGGAUAGAAAAAGGCGCCGUUACACCCGUCAAAAAUCAGGGUUCAUGUGGAUCAUGCUGGUCUUUUAGUACAACAGGAGCUUUGGAAGGUGCUAACUUUUUGGCAACUGGGAAACUCGUGAGCCUCAGCGAGCAACAGCUCGUGGAUUGUGAUCAUGAGUGUGAUCCCGCGGAAGCAGGUUCUUGUGAUUCUGGAUGCAAUGGUGGGCUCAUGAAUAGUGCUUUUGAGUAUACCCUCAAAGCUGGUGGACUUAUGCGUGAGGAGGACUACCCCUACACUGGCACUGAUCGUGGGACCUGCAAAUUUGACAAGACCAAGAUUGCUGCAAAAGUGGCCAACUUCAGUGUUGUUUCUUUGGAUGAGGAUCAAAUUGCUGCUAAUCUUGUGAAGAAUGGUCCUCUUGCGGUGGCUAUCAAUGCAGUGUUCAUGCAGACAUACAUUGGGGGAGUUUCAUGCCCUUAUAUUUGCUCAAAGCGACUUGAUCAUGGAGUAUUGUUGGUGGGGUAUGGUUCAGCUGGCUAUGCUCCAGUUCGCAUGAAGGAUAAGCCAUACUGGAUCAUGAAGAACUCAUGGGGAGAAAACUGGGGAGAGAAUGGAUUCUAUAAAAUCUGCAGGGGUCGCAAUAUUUGUGGAGUUGACUCCAUGGUAUCAACAGUUGCUGCUGUUAAUACCAACUCUGAGUAGCGUACGAGUUGUUCAUUACACCAGUUUUUUGUAUAUUUCAUGUUACAAUUACUUGGGAACGUGGAUGCUAACAUAAGCUUUAAAUUUCUCAUGUUUCAAAUUGUAGUUUAAAACAACUUAAAAUGUUUUUAAUUACCCUUUUUCAUGUUCCACCGUAGUUCACACCCCUUUAAAUCAUCGAAAAUGAGUUAAAUUCUAUGUUUCUAGAAAAGUUGGCUUACAUUACUAAGCUGUAAGAAUAUGUUAUGCUAUCUUAUCCUCGAUCAUGGAUAUAACAUUUCAUAAACGGUUGUCUGGCCACUUGGUUGAUUCGACAAGUGCAUGAUCUGCCCAGAAGAUAGCAGUUGGAUCCCCGCUCUAUGGACCCGAUGAUAUUAAUCAUGAUAUGAUACUAAAAAUAGGUACACAUGAAAAUAAUACAAUUUAAAAUUUUAACAAAAAAAAAUCAAAUAUAAAUUUGAUAAAAAUCAAAAUGAGCUUUGAUUUUUACAUUUCACACGAAUUAAAUACGAAAUAAAUAAAUGCAAAUUCUUUAAUUAUCAAAUCUAUAUUUACACAUUUAUAACACAGCUUUUUUAUGUCAAGUCGAAUCUAUAAAUUAUGGCACAUCUAGGGAAGAAUGUAAUCAUCAUUAUCACAUUAGAAUUAGACAACCACAGCAACUAAAACAACCGUAAGUUCUUGAUAUAUAUAUAUAUAUAUAUAUAUAUAUUUAUUUACUUAUUUAUAAUAUUUAAAU